AUGAAUGGAGAAGGUUGGCUUCAUUUUUUGAAACAGGUUAGAGAUGUUUGUGUCAUUAUCUCAGGCGGAACUGUCUGUUUCAGUUGCAUAUCCCUAUAUCAAGGCAAUGAAAAAUUCUACAAGCAGUUUGUUAUGCCUGCAGUUCAAAUCCUUAAUCCAGAGACUGCACACAAAAUCGGUGUUGCACUGGCCAAAUACCACUUUUUUCAGAAACCAAAAACACCAGAUCCUCCAAUUUUAAAAACCAACGUUUGGGGACAUGAAUUUCGCAACCCAGUGGGCUUGGCAGCAGGUUUUGACAAACAUGGAGAAGCUGUAGAUGGCAUCUUGAAGAUGGGAUUUGGAUUUCUUGAAGUGGGUAGUAUUACACCAGAACCUCAACCAGGCAAAGAAAAACCCAGAGUGUUUCGACUUACAGAAGAUAAAGCUAUUAUCAAUAGAUAUGGUUUCAACAGUGAUGGUCAUAAAGUGGUUUAUAAACGUUUAGCUGAUCGGGAAGAAAGGCAGAAAAUUAAAGUCGGAUCUUUAAUGAGUGAAUCAAGAAAUAUGUUGAAUAUCAAUUUCUGGACUGAAAGCUUUUCCACUUAUAUUACACCGUCCCCAGAGCCUGGUAUUCUGGGAAUUAAUUUAGGCAAAAACAAAGACUCUCUAGAUGCAGCUAAUGAUUAUGUUCAAGGUGUACGAUUAUUUGGGGAAUUAGCAGACUUCCUUGUGAUCAAUAUCUCCAGCCCAAAUACUUCUGGUCUAAGGGAUUUACAAGCUAAAGAAAACUUAGAAAACCUUAUUAAUAAAGUAGUUACAGAACGAAAUCAAUUAAAAUGUGGAAAAAAACCACCAUUGUUAGUAAAGAUUUCCCCAGAUCUCACAGAUAAAGACAAAGAAGACAUUGCUGAAGUUGUAAUUAAGGAAAAAAAUUCUGUAGAUGGCUUAAUAAUCAGCAACACAACAGUGUCGCGCUCAGAAAGUCUCAUCAGUUCCCACCAAAAAGAAACUGGAGGUUUAAGUGGAGCUCCACUCAAACAUAUGUCUACUCUUGUGUUGCGGGAUAUGUACAGUCUCACUCAAGGCAAGCUUCCAAUCAUUGGAGUUGGUGGUAUCAGCUCUGGUAAAGAUGCAUAUGAUAAAAUCAAAGCCGGUGCUAGUUUAGUAGAACUCUAUACAGCACUGGCUUACCAAGGGCCUGUGGUAGUAAACAAGAUCAAAAGAGAAUUGGCUGAACUUUUAGAGGCUGAUGGCUACACAUCUGUUGCUGAUGCUGUUGGAGCAGACCACAAGAAAAAACCUUGA